AUGUCAGCCGAGGGCCUCUUUGGCGACGACCUCGUUAGCCCCGAGGUCUCGUCCCAGCUGCCCGAGGGCUACCGCAUCCGCUCGCUGCGCUCCACCGACUUUGCGACUGGCUUUCUCGACUGCCUGCGCGUGCUGACGACGGUCGGCGACAUCACCGAGGCCGCGUUUGUCGAGCGCUACAACUACUUUGCCCAGCAGAAGGGCACCUACUACGUCCUCGUCAUCGAGGACACCGUCGGCAAGGUCGUCGGCACCGGUGCGCUCGUCGUGGAGCGGAAGUUCAUCCACAACCUGGGCAUUGUCGGCCACAUCGAGGACAUUGCCGUCGCCAAGGACCAGCAGGGCAAGAAACUGGGUCUCCGCAUCAUCCAGGCGCUCGAUUUCAUCGCCGAGAAGGUCGGCUGCUACAAGACGAUCCUCGACUGCAGCGAGGCCAACGAGGGCUUCUACGUCAAGUGCGGCUUCCGGCGCGCCGGCCUCGAGAUGGCCCACUACUACAACACGGCCGGCAACACCAACGGCGUUGCUGCCAAGUCCAGUACAUAA